AUGGCGGAGGAGUCGAGUUUAGAAGUACAGUCACAGACUGCGCAGACACAAGUAAGACUCAGGUUUAGCACCAGAGAUGAAGAUCUUGCGCUUCCCGAGUCAACUGGGCCUAUCCUCGUCCCUACAGGUCUACGAAGAUAUGCUCUUUCUACCCUUGUUAACAACCUCCUCGCUACCGAAAAGCCCGUUCCGCUAGAAUUUCUUAUAAACGGCACGUACCUUCGCACUUCCGUUGAUGAGUUUCUCACGGCGAACGGUAUAUCAGCCGAAACAACCCUUGAUGUCGAGUACGUGCGCGCGCUUAUUCCGCCAUUGCAUGUUGCAUCGUUUUUACAUGAUGAUUGGGUAAGUUCGGUGGACGUGCUUAGUGACAGCCAAAAUGAAGAGAGGAUUAUAUCGGCGAGUUAUGAUGGACUGUUGAGGGUGUGGAAUAUGUCGUCAGAGAUUAUUCAUACGUCGGCGUCGGCGAAAGAUGGAGGGCAUCAGAGUGCGAUUAAGUGCGUGAGAUUUUUGUCGGCGAGUCAGAUCGUGUCUUCAGGAAUAGACAGGACGGUGCGAUUGUGGAAAUAUACAGACCAAGAAAAGGGGAUAACUCCGCAGAUCGAAUAUUAUGGUCACAAAAGCAGUGUGGAUUCGAUAGCGGUUCAUGGAAACCGGAUUUUGUCGGCGUCUGCGGACCACACGGUUGGGUUCUGGUCCACGAAAAAGUCCGAGUCCCCAGCUGUGCCUCAGAAUCUGCUCCCUUCAAGCUCAGCGAGAAGCUCCAAGCGACGGAAACUAAACUCCUCCGCGAGCACUUCCCAACGCGGACCAUUAGCUUUGCUCAAGGGUCAUACUGCUCCUGUUUCCGCUGCAAUUUUCGACGCCAAAGAUUCCACAGUCGGAUAUUCAACGUCUUGGGAUCACUCGCUUCGCACAUGGGACCUUGUCACUGCCGCUCUAGUUGACACUCGCACUACUUCUCACUCUUUACUGUGUGCCCAGCACCUCCCCGAACACACCCUUCUUGCUGCGGGCUCGGCGGCCAGACAUGUUACUUUAAUUGACCCUCGGGCUUCGGCUACGACAGUGUCCGCGAUGACGCUGCGAGGGCAUACCAAUGCGGUUGUAUGUCUUGCCAGGGAUCCAGACAGUACAUACGGCUUAAUAAGUGGAAGUCACGAUGGUACAUGCAGGAUCUGGGAUAUUCGAUCUACGAAAACGGAUACAAACGGCGUGGUGAGUGAGAGCAUAUAUACGAUUGCUAGAAAGAGCGCAGGUGAGGGCAAGCGAGUAGGAGGGGAUGGAGUGAAGGUGUUUGAUGUCUGUUGGGAUAAGAAAGUUGGAAUUGUGAGCGUGGGUGAGGACAAAGUCAUUCAGAUAAAUCGUGGAGAGGGGGUUGUCCCGAAGACUGCCUAAUAAGUUGGCUUUCCAGAUCCAACGGCCGCUCCUAAUGCUG